GGCGCCUGCGUAGUUUGUCUUGAGCAACCAACUGAUGGAAGUAAAUAAUGGCGGUGCUAAGGGAGAGAUGAAACAAUAUACAAUCCCCAACAUCAAGGCCUUUUGACGAAUAACAAAUGUCGAUCGAGUUGAACGAUCUGUAGAAAAAAUAUCUAACUUUCAAAUGGUAGCCAUAUUUUAAAGACAAAACGAUCUGGCAAGAUGGAGCUUAGGGUCGGAAAUAAAUACAGACUUGGCAGAAAGAUCGGCAGCGGUUCUUUUGGGGAUAUUUAUUUGGGAACUGAUAUUUCUAAUGGAGAAGAGGUUGCUAUUAAAUUGGAGUGUGUCAAGACCAAACAUCCUCAAUUGCACAUUGAAAGCAAGAUUUAUAGAAUGAUGCAGGGAGGAGUUGGAAUUCCUACCAUAAAAUGGUGUGGUGCAGAAGGAGAUUAUAAUGUUAUGGUAAUGGAGUUGUUGGGUCCUAGUCUUGAAGACCUAUUCAAUUUUUGCUCACGGAAAUUUAGUUUGAAAACCGUGCUAUUGCUUGCUGAUCAGUUGAUAAGUCGGAUUGAAUAUAUCCAUUCUAAAAAUUUUAUUCAUCGUGAUGUAAAGCCUGAUAACUUUCUGAUGGGUUUAGGCAAAAAAGGAAAUUUGGUGUAUAUCAUAGACUUUGGACUUGCCAAAAAAUAUCGAGAUGCUAGAACACAUCAACAUAUACCUUACAGAGAAAAUAAGAAUCUCACUGGUACAGCUAGAUAUGCUAGUAUAAACACACAUUUAGGCAUAGAACAGAGUAGACGUGAUGAUAUGGAGUCUCUAGGUUAUGUGUUCAUGUAUUUCUUGCGAGGGAGUUUACCCUGGCAAGGUUUAAAAGCAGCUACAAAGCGACAGAAAUAUGAACGAAUCAGUGAGAAAAAAAUGUCAACCCCAAUUGAGGAGCUCUGUAAAGGAUUUCCCUCUGAAUUUGCUACUUACCUAAAUUUUUGUCGAUCUCUACGUUUUGAUGAUAAACCUGAUUAUUCCUAUCUUCGACAGUUGUUCCGAAACCUCUUCCAUCGUCAGGGCUUCACAUAUGAUUAUGUCUUUGACUGGAAUAUGCUGAAAUUUGGGGGUCGGAGUGCUGAGGAAACCGAACGAGACCGUAAAAUGAGUUCUACAGCUCGAGCAUUACAGGGAACGCCAGGAGGCAUAGGACGAAUGCGCGGUGAACCAAUUGGGUUAAAUCCUGGGGGUCAGAUGUCUGCAGAUUUUAAUAACAUGCGAGGCCUCUCCUCUCGGCUGAAAGAGAGACUCCCAGCACGGCUGUCCCUAGCUACCAAAGGUUCAGGCUCUCAAGAAGGUGUGACAGAGAGUAGAGUGAGUGAGAGACUAGCCACACCAUCUUCUGGUGGUAGGUUAAGUAUGAAGGGUUCAGGGCUCCCAGUACCUAUAGGUAGUAGUGCAGAUGGCUCGAAACUAAGACGUGUUGCCGGUGAUAGUAGAGGAUUGUCAACUAAACAACGUCAAACAUGAACUUAAUUGGCAAUUAGUGAAUUGAUAAUUUUAACAAGUGUUUCCUAAAAUUACUCUAUUUAUUAACUGCGACUGUUUAUGAUAAUAUAUUGCUCCAACAGAAUAUUAUGGUAAUAAGAUAAACGCAAACAAGUAUUUACGGCAUUAUUAUAAUCAGACGGAAGUGUAAAUUUAGUUGAUGUGAGGCUGAUUAAAUCUAGACAGACGUAUUUUGUGUUUCUAGUGCAAUGCAAUGGGGGAAAAACCCAGUUGAAGUCUAAUAAAUAUCCAAUUUAUUUGGUUCGAAUGUGACAUUAUACAGCAAUUGUGUAUAUGAACAAUGUUUUAAUAUUAUAUAUACUGUGAAGUAUAUGGUUUUGUUUUAAGCUCUGCAAUCAGGUACUGUUAUGUUUUGUUUUAUUAUUUUCUUUUAUAUUAUAAAACAUUCAUUAAUGUGUAUCAUUUGUUCUAGUAAACAUGAAUUUCAUUAUAUUAUAAAAUUUGUAAUCAGUUGUUUGUCAUGGUGUGUUUUCAUAAAAUUAUAAUUGAAGUCGUGAAUUUAGUCCCUAAGGUAUGGAUCGUUUUAAUUUGUGAUAAUUUAUGUCAAAUAGUGCUACUGCCAACUACAGCCUCACAUAUUUUACAAAUUGAUUUUGAAGCUUUAAAUUAGAAAAUAAUUAAAAAAAAAAAAAAUUCAAUCUUGAUUUAAGUGAUUUCAUUAUCUUUAUUGAAUGUGUUCAAAGGUAAGUUAUCAACUUCGCGAUGACUUUAUUCCAAAAUUAAAUCAUCUAAUUUACAAUAUACGUUAAGUAUCGAUAGGAAGAUGAUGCCGUUUCCAUCGCCUUUUCCUUGAUAACUCUAUUGAUGCUACAGAAACCUACAUGUACCUGUCUGUCUGCUAAGUGUGAUUAAUGCAAACAGAACUAUAACUGUGUUUCUCAAUAGAGUACCCAGCCUCAAAGUGAAGGAAAUGAUUAUUCAGUGCAAUGACCAAUAGUGAGCAGGCCAUCAAUUUUAAGUUUAAUAUACAGUUGUAAUUUGUUUAGUAAUAUAUCGUGAAAUAGAUUUAAUGUGAGAUUAUCAACAAUAAAUAAGAGCAGAAAAGGUCAUGUCAACUGUUGCCCACCAAUUGGUAGCAGUUAUGAUGAUCCAAAAUGUAAGUUGGAUUGGGAAACAAAUAUUUUUAAAGAUGGCCUGAACUUAAAAGUAAAUAACAUUAAAGAAAAAUUACUCUAUAUUUCCCAUUCUUGAUACUUUUGUUUUACAGAACAGGAUAUUUUUACUGGUUGCUACAUAUUUGUAAUUUCCUCAAUUUGAAAAAUUAUUCAAAUAGCAGUUUGUAGUAUCAUACAUGUAUUCGUAGGUAGAUUCAAACUACUAGUAAAAAUAUCUUGUUUACACUUAUUUUGUUGAUGUUACAAAUUGAAUUAUUAACAGUACAUUGUAUGUACAGUAAGUAAUGUUUAUGUUGUGUGACUUGUAUUAUAAAUAUGGAAAUCAUUAUAUUACUGUUAUUUUAUAGGUGUAAUUGUAAAUAUAGGUUGAUUGAGUUAUGGCAGUUUUAAAGUUUGUUUUGUAAUUAAAAUGUAUUUAUUAACAGGAAAAUACCAAUUUAAAUUUAGGCUUUAUUGCAUAUAGUAUCCAAUUAAUUAUGAUUUUAAAGAAAUAGCUUAAAUUCCUAAUAUUUAGAAUAGAUCUUGAUCUAAAGAUCAUUUAUUAAGAUGUUUAAGUAUCAUGUUUCAAAUGCCUAUCAUAGCAUCUUUGAGAGUGUUUCUUCAUGUUACUGGAUUAGUAUUUUAGUGUGAUUAAUCAUUUCAUUAUGGUGAAACAAGUUAGUAUUUUAAAGUAAAUUUUUAGGUUGAAGAUCAUCAAUUACUUAUAAAAUUGUUGUUUACAAAUGUUAAGGUUUACAAUUAUUUGCACCUGUAAUUGUAUCCUAGUAGCAGGGAUGUGCCCAGAAAAAUAUUUAUGCUGAUUGAUAAUCUUAGGCAGGGGAUGCAUGAGGAGGACAGAAGCUCCCUUCUUAAAAGCAAGGGGAGUUGGUCCCUUGGGAGAAAAUUAUCAGGGUUUUUGGGGGGUUAUUUUUUUGGGGGGGGGGGCAGAUUGAAAAAGUGCAAUUUCGUGACAUUGUGGCGCAGUUUUGCCUUUUUCGUAAAUAAACUUUUUAUGAAAUCUCUGGUAAUUUAUAAUAAGUGGAAAUUGAUUUGCCUGUUUUUUGUUGAGAAAAUCCAUACUAUGGAUAAAAAUUACAGAGCUAAGCUUUACCAUAUCUUCAGUCUGAUUUCGGGUUUCCUCCCACUGUUGAAGACCCCUACGUGCAAGCAAAUUAUUGUAAUAAAAUUGAACCAUGUGUUAGUCCUGAACUGACCUACAUGUAGUUUGUGUCAAGUGGACAUUAAACCCCAUUUCUCUCUCUCUGAUUUCUGAACAUGUUUUUAAUCACCAUACAAAAUGGUGGCACUGCCAGAGAGAUCAACCUUUUUUACUAGCCAAACUCUUCCAAAUGCAAACAUUAUGAUGAGUAUGUUUGAUGGAUGGCAGACAUGCCCCUCUUAAUCAGCAAAUUGAUAUUUUAAAGACCUUUUAUUAAUUGUAUUACAUUAAAAAUAUAAUGCUGAACUACAAUGGUGCAGUGCCAGUAAACAAACUAGACUUUUUUAACCUCUCAUGCUAGUUAAAUGGCACUGAUAUGACUGGUUAAAAAAGUCUACAUAUCUGUGUUAGAUGUCUAUGUUAUAGGUCCGUUUGACAUGAGUCAAGAUGAUUUAUUCAAUUUAUGAGAUUAAAAGGAACAAAUAAAGACGCUUUUUUUCCAUUUUAAAUAAUCUUUGUUUACAAAAAAAUAAUGGACGAAAACCUGCUUCAAGAUAUUUUUCCCAGUCGGAAAAUAUUUGUGUUUGGCGGUGCUGCCCGGUAACUUUAAUAGUAGGCACAUCCCUGUACUAGUGUAUAGGUUAAAAAUAUACUGGUCAGUAGUAUCAAUAUGCCAAAACCUUUUGAAAUUAAUAUUAUAUAAUGUGUAUAUAGAUAAAUUUAAAUAUAUAAAUCAUAAAUUAAUGAAAUUUUAUGAAAAAAACAUGAAAAUUCAUGUAAAAUAUGUAUUGGUGGAUUUGUCUGGUAUUGUUGUAUAUGCACAAUGUUACUAAGGUUUAAGUAAGCAUGAUUCUCUCUCUCUCUCUCCCCCCCCCCCCCACCAAAAAAAAAAGGAAAAAAAGAACAAAACAAUAAAACCCCUUUCUCUUCAGACACUUAUAGUCCAAUAAUUCAUCCGCUUACUGAAAUGAAAUAUCAAAAAUACAUGUGUUAAAGGAUAUUUAAAUUUUAAAAUAUUUGUGGUAACUGCUCUAUUGUCCCUGUAAUAUUGACUGCAUACUUAAAUAAUCUUGAAGACAAGAAAAACAUCUUUCAAUUUAUAUGAUAAUGGCCAUUAAUUAUAUCUUUACCAAAAUAUUUAGCAUUGAUAGAUUUGAGUAUUUUAAACUGAUAUGUUGUUUUGAAUAAGUGGCCAAACAAUUUAAUUGUAUUUUAUAUGUAAACUAUGCAUUUGUGCUUCAGGUAUAAUGCAUAGUGCAAAGAAUUUUUCCCACAAGAGAGAGAACACCAGAUAUUUUUUGGGGUCCAUGUUGAAAAAUAAAGAGUAAUAAUGAUA